GCCCUGAGAAGGGUGGGGAUUACGUCUCCCGCUCUCGCGACUCCUGGCGGUGAAUGACAGCAGAUGAUAGCCACAUUUCUCCCUCGCCCUUCCCCUAGGUUCCCUGUCACAGUUCCGCCCUUACUACGCCCACUUCCGGCCAGGGAACAGCCACUUCCACCCGGAAAAGGGGUUGUUCCGCCGGGGGGCGCCAGCUGUGGCCCACCCAGCCUGCCCCGUACUUUCGCCAUCAUAGUCUUCUCUACCACUGUUCCUUACAGCCACGAACGACGCAAACGAAGCCAACUUCCCCCAGCUCCGAACAGGAGCUCUCUAGCCUGUAUUACACUCCGGGAGAAGGAAAGGCGGGAGGAAACCUAGGCCUCCACGCCCGACUCCUUUGCCCUCCCCUUUACCUCUCCACCCCUCACUAGACACCCUCCCCUCUAGGCGGGGACGAAGCCACUUUCGCCCUGAGAGAGGCGGAGCCUCAGCUUCUACCCUCGCUCUCGCGAGCUUUCGGAACUCUCGCGAGACCCGACGCCCGACUUGUGCGCCCGGGAAACCCCGUCGCUCCCUUUCCCCUGGCUAGCAGCGCGGAGGCCGCACGAUGCCUGGAGUUACUGUAAAAGACGUGAACCAGCAGGAGUUCGUCAGAGCUCUGGCAGCCUUCCUCAAAAAGUCCGGGAAGCUGAAAGUCCCCGAAUGGGUGGACACCGUCAAGCUGGCCAAGCACAAAGAGCUUGCUCCCUACGAUGAGAACUGGUUCUACACGCGAGCUGCUUCCACAGCGCGGCACCUGUACCUCCGGGGUGGCGCUGGGGUUGGCUCCAUGACCAAGAUCUAUGGGGGACGUCAGAGAAACGGCGUCAUGCCCAGCCACUUCAGCCGAGGCUCCAAGAGUGUAGCCCGCCGGGUCCUCCAAGCCCUGGAGGGGCUGAAAAUGGUGGAAAAGGACCAAGAUGGCGGCCGCAAACUGACACCUCAGGGACAGAGAGAUCUGGACAGAAUCGCCGGACAGGUGGCAGCUGCCAACAAGAAGCAUUAGAACAAACCAUGCUGGGUUAAUAAAUUGCCUCAUUCAUAA